UUUCCCGUAGUGUGUGUUUCCACUGUCAAACUAGCCACUAGUCUUCAUAACUGCAAGCUUUUCUAGAAAUAUAAAUGUUCACACCUAUUGGAGCACGCACCAUGAUUUGGGUGUUGGCUAAGAUGCAAAUGACGUCCUCUGCCUUAGGGAAGCUUCAAGGUUAUUUAAUGACUAACUAGUAGACGUUAGGAGCUAGCAUCACAAACAAGACAGCUCGCUGUGGCCGAAGCUCAGGCGUUGCAAGGAUUGUCUCCGAAACUCGUCUGAAAUCUCUCGAUCAUGGCUCUAGCUGGUGUGAGAGUUCUUGAGCUGGCAGGCCUUGCGCCAGCGCCAUUCUGUGGGAUGAUCCUCGCUGACUUUGGAGCCAAAGUUAUACGUGUGGACCGUACCAAAGCUGGUCUGCCAUUGGACAGGCAAGCUCGGGGGAAGCGAUCUCUUGCCAUCAACCUGAAAUCACCAGAAGGUGUAGCGGUGCUGAAGAAGCUUUGUCUUCAGUCAGACGUCCUCCUGGAGCCCUAUCGUAAAGGUGUGAUGGAGAAGUUGGGCCUCGGACCACAGGAGCUGUUGAAGGAAAAUCCUCGUCUGAUUUAUGCAAGGUUGACAGGGUAUGGACAAACCGGGACGUAUGCCACGGCGGCUGGACAUGACAUCAAUUAUCUGGCUGUGUCAGGUCUUUUGUCCCGACUGGGUCGCAGUGGAGAGAAGCCUUAUGCUCCACUGAAUCUCGUGGCAGACUUCGCAGGUGGAGGCCUAACAUGUGCCAUGGGGAUUGUGCUGGCACUGCUGGAGCGGACAAAAUCAGGAAGAGGGCAGAUUAUUGAUGCGAGCAUGGUGGAAGGAGCAGCGUAUGUGGGUUCAUUUGUCUGGAAAUCGCAAAGUAUCGGUAUGUGGGAUCAUUCCAGAGGAGAGAAUAUGCUGGACAGCGGCGCUCCUUUCUACGAUACCUAUGAAACCUCGGAUGGAAAAUACAUGGCCGUAGGUGCAAUUGAGCCACAAUUCUACAACCAGCUCCUUGUCGGCUUGGAAUUGGACUCACACCCUUUGCCUCCUCAGAUGAGCUCCACUGAUUGGCCAGAACUGAGACGGAUCUUCACUGAACGUUUUGCCUCUAAAACUCAGGAUGAGUGGUGCAGAAUCUUUGAUGGAACUGACGCAUGUGUAACGCCGGUCUUGACUUUUGACCAGGUGAGCUCAAACCCUCACAACCAGCAAAGAUGCUCUUUCAUCCAAGACUGCAAUGGCGAAGAAAGCCCACGUCCUGCCCCUGUCCUCUCUCGGACCCCCGCUCAGCCGUCCACUGCUGCGGACCCUGUUAUAGGGGAACACACGGUUCAGGUGUUGCAAGAAUAUGGAUUUGGGAAUGCUGAGAUACAGCUGAUGCUUGCCACAGGGGUUGUGGAGAGCAGUGUCAGGAAGGCAAAUCUCUAAGUUGAAAGAAAUCAGUCGCUUUUGCGGUUUCUUUUGAGAAAUGACAGAAAAAAAAAAUUCAGCGAACAUAUUCAUAAUUCUUCUUGAUGGUGUCUACAUGGGAAGAAAAUCAGAUAAUCCCCUCCCAACAUCAGAGUUUGAGGUACGUGCCAUUCAAACACGAUCCCCCCCAUCCAUGACAGGCCUCCUGUCUGAUCCUUUUCCUGCUUCUGAAGUUGCCGCUUUUGUAGUGGGCAUAACCAUUAAAACGAGUGAGUAGUCAGAUGUAACGUGUGAUUCAUGUUAGUUCUGUGUUUAAUGGUGGUGAUCGUAACAUGUCUUGCAUGAACAGAUCACUCAUUUAACCACUAUUAAACACAAAAGCAGUCUUUAUUUGCUUAUGGAGACAAGAGUUUAGGGUUUUUUUAUUAGUUGAAAUAAAAAAAUAAAAUGCUGGAAUAAAAUCCAAUCCUUUUAUUGCAAUGAAAUACUAUACAUCUCACUAGAAGCUGAUCCCUCAAGAGGAGAUUGUCCACUUUUCUUUCUGAGUAAGAAAGAAUGGUGAGGAUGAGUAAUUGAAAGUCAAUGAUGCUGCUGUCCUUAUUAUUAUUAUUAUUAAUAAACAUACCUGGGUGGCAAAUAAGCGUACAAUGUUUUCUUUUCUUCCUUUUUUCUCUGCUGGUUUCGUUCAUUUGAUGCAGAGUGGAUCCCUCCUGCGAGUUUUCUGGGUAGAGUUCAAUACCCACGUUGCUACUGUUCCACACACAUAUAAUGAAAGUCACUACCCUCUCGAGUGUAAAUUACACCUGCUGUAAGUCAGGAGAUUUUUUAUUCAAAUUCUUCAUAAACAUGUUGUGGUGUUACCCACACUCCGGCUCUGGCCCUCCUUCUUAGUCCUUUCAUGUGUUGCGUUGCGCAGCAGGUUGUACAGGCGGAGUAUGAGGUCGUGGUGGGGGGCUGUGUGAUUAUCUUGACUGUAUAGAUUCCAAAGGAGGUUCCAUUGAAUAAAUACUUUUAUUUUUUGAGAACUGAUUCUCACAUUGCCGUACCACUCUAAAUCAUCGCGUCAUGCGCUGCUUUCAUGCAAAACUUCUGCCUCUCAGGUAUUUGAGGAAUGAGAAUGUGACUCCGUCAUCUGACUCCCUCCAUGUGAGGCCAAGCGUAAGCCUGUGAUGUGGUACUGUUGAUUGUAAUCUGAUGGUUGAUCUUAAUAAGUUUAAUACGUUUUUUGAGUGGUUGUCAACAUGUCUGUAUUUAUGUCAACUCUGUGUUUCAAACAUUAGCAGCCCUAAUGUCUCAUCUAUCAGAAUGACAUACAAAUUUCAGUCACCUUCUGUAUUCUGUUCCUAUAAUCUUCUGUUGGCAUCUUGGUCCUUCCAUCUGUUUCUAUCCCCUUUGGCGUCUGCCUGUAAUCGAACCCCCGCUCCUUCUCCUGCUCCAUGUCUUCUUUGAACAGCCUCCACUGGAGAUCACAUGCUGCAUCAUUUGAUUAGCUUGCAAGUGUGAACACAGUGGAGCAAUUGUGACUGUGUGAAUUCAAGAUUUGUUUGAAGGCUGAUGGAAACAAGUGGCUGGAGGCCAUCUCACUGAUUCUCUGAUGGCCAUGGCGCACAAUUAUUCAAGGUCGAGACAUAAAUUAAUACCUGCCCAAAAAAAAAAGGAAAACCACUUUCGCUUCAUCACAAUGAAUGUUGGGCACAGAAGGGCAUUAUUUUUUAAUUACUGUAUAUUUUUUGUAUUUUGGGUCGAUGAGAAGAAAAAACGUUUUACUUUGAAAAAAACUGUGUUGGAGCUGCAUCUGGCAGAAGAUUGUGAUGAACUAUUGUAACUUGAAAAUGAAACAAAUAAUAAAAUACCUUGAGAAAAGUACAAUUACAUGUCUACCAAACCAACUUAGUUUAUAACUCACUCAAAGACUACACAUUUUGGCAAAAAAAAUUAACUGUAUACUGGUGAAUGAAAACAGAAAUCCAAACCAAUGAAAUAUAUAAAGAGAUAAUAUGAACAUGUUUAUUCAGCUUGGACCUGCUGGGCAUUUAGGACAUGAAGUACAGAGCCACCACCAUGUCCUCAGUGGAGAAACACCUCAAAUGCUGCAGAACCAAGACUUCAUGUUCUCCAGAAUCACAUGUUGAUAAUAUCAUGUAUUGACUCUCUCCAGAUCAGAUUCUGUACAGUGUUAUGGCCUGAAACUACGGUAGAUGUACCAAUAUUACUGCAGGCCACUGGACUGACUUACAGCAUUUAUCAGUCUAAUACAAUGUGAAUGGAACAAAUAAAUGUGUGACGUGCUCUCUCAACCGUGCCGGUUGCACAUAUCCGACAUGAGGUUUCAGCAUUGAUGCUUCCAGGAGUGUCGAUGCUUUUGACAUCCCUAAUCUCCAGGUGAUUGUGAAAUU